GGACAGUUCGCAGUGCCGCGCAAGAGGUGUCGCCAUGCUGACGUGCUAUAUAUAGGGCCCCCAAAGAGUGUUGAUUGUGGUGAAUAUUCUACCGGACAUCAGACACACGGAGGAGUGGCAUGAUGGCUUUGGAAUUCUUCGUUGCUGCCGUCUUCCUGGCACCUGCGCUAUGUAGUGCACGCGCAGCUCCCUGGGUCGAGCCAACGACUUCCUCGCAACAUUCAGGGGCCUGGAACAAAGAACAAGGUGGACUGUUCGAAGGAGACAUUAUGCUGCCAGAAGAUUUCGCGGAUGAUAGAGCUGCAGUGACCAGAGAUGCCAAGCUAUGGCCCAAAGGGAUCAUUCCAUACGUCUUCGAGCCAAGACCAAAUCGACAAAAGCGGUUGAUACGGGAAGCCAUGGAACAAAUCGAGGCAGUGAGCUGCAUACGCUUCGUGAACCGCACGACGGAGCGGGAUUACGUCUUCAUCGACCGCAACGACACGUGUGGAUCUUACGUGGGCCGUAAGGGAGGCCGCCAACAUUUGGCCCUGGGGCUUGGCUGCAUGCAGAUUGGCUCGGUGAUGCAUGAGCUUCUGCACGUUGUCGGUUUCCACCACGAGCACUCACGCUCCGACAGGGACGACUACAUCGACGUCUUUCUGGACAACGUACAGCCAGGGCGGCAGCACAACUUUCGCAAGAUGCAGCCCUUUGAGAACCGACUGCUUUCGCCUUUCGACUUGGACUCGAUAAUGCUUUACGGCUCGGAGUUCUUCGCGCGCGCGCCGGGCCUCUUCACCUUGCUGGCCAAGGACGGCAGUCGUCUCGAGGCGGUCUUCAACAAACGAAGAAUCAGCGACAGCGACACCCGUCGCAUUCGGAUGCUAUACCGCUGUUGAAAGCGUCGCUUGUUAUUGCACUCCCAUAAACGGAUUUAUUUUGUUCAAGCAUACUGUCAAUAUCAUACGGAAUUGUCUCACGCAGGGCACAAGAGAUACUGGCCGUGAAAUGAUGGAGUCAAUAAU